GCCAGCCUGAUCUCAGAUCAGUUGUGUGUCGUACUCGUUACCAUAGUUCCGAUUGACUCUGCGCGUUUACAUGGCGUUCACUUUCAAAAUCACAGCAAUGAUCAACGAGCUGUUUCAUCCCGACAGCGCACUUGACGCAUGACGCGCAGAAUGUGACAAUUCCGUGACGACACGAGAAGAAAGCGGAGUCUCGGUUUUAACGUGACCAGCGAUGCGCGGCCGAUGCGUAAAAGCGCAUCUCAAUCUCGUCUCGCACCGGAUUAAGCGGUUAUUGGGUGAUGAGGAUCAGAUGCCGGUCUGACGUGUUCCCGGGGGAUUUUCCGUCGCUGUUCAAACCCCGCAGCGCGUUACAAACGCGGACACACGCUUUCCGUUUCUCUCAAUGCUGCUAUGACCGGCGCGCGUCACUCCCGGGAUCUGAUUCCUUCCCGCGCGCUGCUGCUGCUCAUCUCUGCGCUGCUCGUGCUCGUCAGGUCUGACCCGGCGGAUAACCAUUGCUCGUCUGACCUCAUCUCCACAUGUGAAGCCUGUCUGAGGCUCGGCCCUGAAUGCGCCUGGUGCUCUCAAGAGAGGUUCCUGAACGGUGCACACAUAAGCCAGAGAUGUGGAUCUGUUUCUGACCUAAGGGUCAGGGGUUGUAAAGAGGAGUUUAUCGAAAACCCACAUGUUAAAGUGGAGGUGAACACCAUGCUCAGCAGCUCACAGGUGACACCUAGAGAGACUACCAUCCACCUGAGACCAGGGAGCGAUGCAAACUUCGUGGUGCAGGUACAGCAGCUGGAACGCUACCCUGUGGAUCUCUAUUAUCUCGUGGACGUGUCUGCAUCCAUGCAGGACAACUUGGAUCGGCUGAAAACUGUGGGUCUGGCCCUGUCUCACCAGAUGAAGGAACAUUCUAGUGAUUUCCAGGUUGGCUUUGGCUCUUUCGUGGAUAAACCCGUGUCUCCGUAUAUCGACGUUCACCCCUCCAAACUGGCGAAUCCUUGCAGUAAUUAUGAGGUCCAAUGCAGGCCCGCUCACGGUUUUAUCCACGUCCUGCCCAUCACAGAGAACAUGACAGAGUUCACACGUGUCAUUAAGAAGCAGAGGAUCUCAGGAAACAUGGACACGCCGGAGGGCGGCUUCGAUGCCAUGCUGCAGGCCAUCGUUUGUAAGAAAGACAUUGGUUGGAGACCAGAAGCCAAACAUCUUCUACUGGUUAUGACUGAUCAACCUUCUCAUUUGGCUCUGGAUAGUAAACUGGCUGGUAUCGUUGUUCCUAACGACGGCCGGUGCCACCUGGAGAACAACAUCUACUCACAAACUACUACUAUGGAACAUCCAACAAUCGGUCAGCUUGCCGAGAAACUUCUAGAGAACAAUAUUUACUCCAUAUUUGCUGUGGACCAGUUGCAAUAUCAGUGGUAUGAGGAUCUCAUGGACUUGAUUCCAGGCAGUUAUGUGGGUCGGCUGUUUCCCAAAGCAUCUAAUCUUAAAGACCUAGUGGUGCAUGCCUACAAGAAGUUUCUAUCAGAUGUGGAGCUGCAGGUCGGGGUGGAGGACAGCCAAGCUCACAGGUUCCGGGUGAACGUAACAGCAUUGUGUCCCAACGGAUCUUUUGUUUUUGGAAAUGCUAAGUGUUCCAGCGUUCAGCCCAAACAAACAGUCUUGUUUAACAUCACGGUUGGAAUGACCUCCUGCCCACCAGAGGGUGCCGAUCAGGAUGUUGUGAUUUCCAUCAGGCCAGUAGGAUUUAAUGAGUCCGUUACCGUGCGAGUCCGGCAGGUCUGUGGGUGUAGCUGCACGGAGUCGGGUCUUUGUCACGAUGACCCAAAUCCCACGGCUUGUUCUGCAGAGACUAUGAAACCGAUGGACGUCUGUAGGGAGGACAGGACUAAACCCAUCUGCAGUGGCAGAGGAAUCUGUGAAUGUGGGAUGUGUGUAUGUGAUUCCAGCAGAUUGGGAAGCAUCUAUGGAAAGUUCUGUGAGAUGGAUGAUUUCUCGUGCCCGUAUGAGAGAGGGCUGGUGUGUGGAGGGCAUGGGCAGUGUGUUUCAGGUGAAUGCGUGUGUCUGCCUGGGUUCACGGGUGAGACCUGCGACUGUCCCGUCUCCACUGAAACCUGCGUGUCGGAUGACGGAUCGAUUUGUAGCGGUCUGGGAAAGUGUGUGUGUGGCAAGUGUGCGUGUGAUGACCCGCGGCGCUCCGGAGCGUUCUGUGAGACAUGCCACACCUGCUACAGCUCGUGUCAAGCUCAAUGGGAUUGUGUAAACUGUCAUUUAUCUAAUGAGCUGGGAUCUAACAGUGUCCAGCUUUGUAAUCACAGCUGCACCCCAUUGGUGGACUAUGUUGAUGACAUCAGAGAGCUGGUAAGAGGAAAAUACUGCCUGUAUCCCACCAAGAAUAAAUGUCAUCAUCGCUUUCUCAUGGAUGUGACGACAGACGGACCACAGCUGCACAUUAGCCGGCAUCCCGUGUGUGAUUGGAGUGAGAGGUCAUUCAAGACGUUUUUCAGCACUUUCCUCCUGACGGUGAUGUUGGGUAUUAGUCUGCUGACCAUAGUCAGAUAUCUACUGAGGACAAAAGACUGUGUGUGGCAGGAAAACCCUGACCAAGAGAGCUGUAAGGAUUCAGCGUAUGUUCCCUCGACCAAUGAGAAGACGAUAACAUACAGGAGGGACCGCUUCCCGAACCAGCCGGUAGAAAUUCACUCACACAUUCUGAAGAUGCCUAUGGGUAAUGCGUGGCAGUGACGGGGUCAAAGGUCGCUCCAGAAACCAAUCACAAUUUACAAAGCACUUAGCUGAAGCAAUAACCUGUGUUUUUAAUUUAUUACAUUAAAAGGCAUUAAAUGUUUCUUAUCCUGGCGGCACACAGGGUGAAGAAGCGAGGUACGAGCUAAACCAUACACAAAUACCUUAAUGAAACUUUUCGUUUUGACACCGAUCACCUCUAUAGAUGGGCCAGUUACCUGUAGAUAUUUUCAGUAUGUUAGUUGUUAUGAAUGAAUGAACACUAUUUAUUUAACACUACAGAAUUUGCAUAUGUUCUGUAUGCAACGGUAUGAUAGUGCUUGCACUAUUUCUGCAGUACGUAUAGAUUUGACGAAAUGUGCAGUAUACAAGCAAAGUACGGUACAUUGUGUUAGAUACUGUAUCCCACAAUGCUAUGCGCUCUUGAUUGAUUUUCAGUGCAAAACUGCUUUAAAAUGCAACAUUUGUCAAAUAGAUGGCACUUAUACUUACGUAAUGUAAUGUGAUGUAAACAUAAGCAUCACUUAGACACAUUUAUUGUUGCAUUAAUCAGCAUACAUAAAGAAGUAUGGUUACAUUCCCUAGUGAAUUUAGUCUGUGGGAAAACCUUUGAUGUGGUGUGUGGUGUUAGUCUGCCAUCUAGUGUUCAACUCACACAUAACAGCCUAACCAUUCACAGAGCAGCAUCUUUAUUAGAAAAGUGGCAUUUGGGUUUAUUAUUAAAGGUGUAAAUAUUUAAGUAAAUAUGAAUUAAUGGUGAAUUACAGAAAUAUUUUCUGCACUUAUAACUGCUCAAAAUUUGCUGCACGAUUGCCUGAAAAAACUGGAAUUUUUCCUGAACUGGUUUACUGUAUGUUCAGGUUCUUGUAUUGAUUUUUAUUGAUUGCCUGCUGGUCAGUAUUUAUGUUGUCGUGUACUACUGAUGUUGUUGUUUUUUUUGUAGUUGUUGUUGGGCGCUGGAACCAAUAAUACAGUGGGCAAUGGUAGAGUAUAGGGUUGCAAAUUUCUGGUAAUUUUCAAGGAUGGAAAGUUUCCAUGGGAAUUAACGGGGAUAUAUGGGAAUAAAUUGGGAAUUGGAAAAGAUUGCACAGUUGCCUAUAACAGGGAACUUAACCUCCUAAGACCCGAGCUUUGGUUUGUCUUCUUUUCAAAUUUCUUCCUGUUAUUUUGGGGUUAGGAAGAACCAAUAAAUAAACAUGAAGCAGUGUAAUUGUCCACUUUUGGAUCAAAUAAAUCCAGGCUUGAUGAUUUUAAGUUUAAGAUUCUUCAAAAUUGUAUUAGCUUGCAUGCAUGUCUGCUUAUGACCAAAUCAGUUGUUUAUUUAUGUUUGUAUAGUUUAUAUACUGUGCAAAAGUCUUAAGCAACCAUCACCAGCUUUGAUGUUUUAGCAAAGUCUUAAUGUCCAUCCAUAUUUUUGUUCACCCUUCUUUUAUUAAGAUACAGACCAGAAAAUACAGGAAAUAUGCACACAAAUUUAAAAACAAAACAAAUUUCAGGACUGAAUGUCUUUUUCAGGCAUCAGUCAAUAUUUAGCGUGACCUCGAAAUACAUCGAAACACAUUUAGAGGUUUUUUGAGGAGACUGAAGUCAUUCGAUUAGAAUUAGAAAUCAGGAUUUAAUUUCAUCUAGGUUUAAGAAAUCUUGCGGUUUCCUGCUAUUGCUCAAGUAGGAGGAUAGUUCAGCCUAAAUACUUGACACUUCAGCUUAUAUUUUUAUAUUGUUUUUAAUACCACAUACACAUUUUCUGGUUGUAUUCUAAUAAAGAGACUGAGAAAUAGUUGUAUAUGAUCACUAUACUAAACAAAAACCACAAAUCUAAUGGUACAGCAUGGUGGCCUGACUUUUGCACAGUACUGUACAUUUCCCAACAUUUCCAAAUAAUUCCUGUAAAUUACCAUUAUAUUUUCCAAUUUGGAAUAUUUCCUAAAUAAUUAAGUUCCCAUGGAAAUUAUCCACCCACUUUGCAACCCUUGUAGAGUUCAUACCUCUGUGGUCAUUACCGUAGUAUUCCUGUGGCUCUUAUACAUCCAGUUUUAACACUUAUGUUUACAUCUGGUAACACUACAUAAUUAUUUAAUUCAGUUUUGUUGUUUAGUUUUUUUUAGGAAUAAAUGAUUUGAACUUUUUUUCUAUAGGGUAAACAAAUCCUGGUAUAAAGCAAUAGUUUUAGCAUUUGAGGGCUGUGAAUUAUACUUUUUUUUACUGACUGUAUUUGUGAAUGCACUUGGAUCAAUCAAACUAAAUCUUUAUGCCGGCUAUUUCCUGUUGUACCCUGUUGUCUGAUUUAUUUAAACAAAAAAUAUUGUUUCAAUAAAACACACAACAUCAUUAUUUUGUUUCUGUAGAAUUUUUCAGUCAACAUAGUGAAUAUUUUAUUAACAUAUAUGUAUUUAUAAUAUUGAUAUUUGUGUGAUUACAAAGCCACAACAACGA